CUCGACAUCAUCAGCGCGCGCCUCUUUCAAACGCGUCCGUUUCCUAGGAGAACAAGCUCAGUGUCCCCCGAAGCAGCAUGGCGGCCAAGCUGGACAGCCUGACUAGCAGUCCGAAGGAGGCGGCCGUGGGCCAGCCCGGAGUGUCGAUGGGCAGGCUCGAUAUGACCCAGGAGGAGCUGGAGCGCUUUAAGACCGCCUUCCAGGACCAGGAAUUCCGCAAGAUGUUCACCGACUACGUGGAGGAACUCAACGACCCGGAGACCCGGCGGCGCUACGAGGAGGAGAUCCGGCUGUUGGAGCGGGAGAGGGGGGUGGACAUCCAGUUCGUGUACCCCAGCCCGGGCUACGUAUUGCUAACCAGCGCCAACCGCCUCAGGAGGUGCUACAUCAACGUGUGCUCCAAUAGCAUGAUCCCCGAGCCGCAGGCGGUGCGUGGGACCGACCAGAAUGCCAGAGGGGGGAGCUACUGGACCCUGCCCUACAUAAUCACCCCCACAAGGGAGACCACCGAGCAGGAUGGCAGCCGCUCCCUGCUCUACGAUGUGCUCUUUCACCCAGAGACCAUGGAGCUGGUCAACAAGAAUGUGAAGUUCAAGCAGAUGGUGGACUCGCUGGCAAUGAGUGGGGUCUCUAAAUACUUCAGUUUGGAGCUGGACCGUAUCAACGUCAAGACUCUCAGCGCCAAGUACAUGGGGCCAGCUCAGAGUGCUGUGAUCAGGAAACCCAUCCCGGGGUUCGUUCCCAAUGCUGACACUCCAGCACCCCUGGAGGGUCCUUACCCGUACACCGAGCUCCUUAAAGGAGGAACAGGGCGGGAGUCACCUGCUGCUCGGCCCAAGCCAUCUGUGCAUCCCAAGCAGGGUGUCAAUAAACCCAGAGCCCCACACCCACCCCCCACAACUCCCCAUUAUACCAUCCGUCAAAGGUCACACGUGGAUUUUCAGGAUUACACCUUAUCCAGGUUCUCUGCACCCAGCCCUGUGCCUGAUGAGCUGGUGGUCACUGUAGACAUGCCUUUGUUAGAAUCAGCAUCUAGUGUCUCUCUUCAUAUCCUAAGCAAACAGCUUCAUCUGGAGUCUAUAGAACCGGUUUAUAAACUUCAAGUGGAUCUCCCCUACAUGGUGGAUGAAAAUCGAGGAAAUGCCCAAUUCAACAAGGCAAAAAGGCAGUUGGUCCUGACUUUGCCUGUUGUUCGACAGAGAUUAAUGCAAUGUCGGAUGUGCCAAGAUAGAAAUUAUGGUACCUGGGAUAACAGCUCCAGAGUCUCGGUCUGCCCUCAUUUCGUACAAAGUGUUUCCCAGUUACCUCAAGCAAUCACCAUGCCAAGGUUUUGUCAACCAAAUAACACUUCCUAUAACAGCAUGCAGCACAUUCUUACAUCCCCUGAUGUUCUGUGUCCAGUAUUCACUUGCACACAAGAUAAUACAUCACUUUCGUUAAUUCUACACACUCAAGACGUGGACAAAAAGAGCGUACAGGCUAACGUGGAGAUUAACCAGUUUCAUAUAAGUUACCGUGUGAAACAUGGCUAUACUUACUAUUUUUUGCUGAUCCAAUUUCUUCCCAAGUACUGCUUGAAUAAAAAUGAGCUCUCCAUUAAUGUCACUGAAAACAAUGCAGUUGUUGAGUUGGCUAAAUCUCCAGAAAACUUUGGCUUAUGGAAAAACCUGUACUUCGGGGACAACAGAAAUCCAUUGCAGGUAAUGUAUUGUAAUUAGGGGCUCAUCCUUCUCAAUUGUUUGGUCUACUUUUUAAUAGGGAAAGGGGGGUUAUGCACAUAUAAUAAGCUAAAAGUGUCAUCUGAUGCCCUCAGACUAUCAUUAAAGGCCCAUUGACAGUUGGGAGAUUUUAUUUAUAAAAUAUUUUACCAGGAAAGAUACAUUGAGAUUUCUCUCGUUUUCAAGUAUGUCCUGGGUCCACAAGUCAUUUUUAGUCAUAAGACUUAAAAAAUGCAUGAUUUUUAUUACAUAUUGCCACUUAAUACUAAAACAAUUACAAUUCAGUCUUGCAUUAACUGACAUAAUAGUUCUGCAUUGCCUACACAUAGUAAAACACUAUUUCCAGGUUACAUUGUACAGUAAAAACAUCAAUUUAAAAAUAUUGCUCUGCAUACUUUGACUAAAUUCUAACUUGUUAGUAUUGUCUGAACAUACAAUACAGCAGCAGUUUGCCGUUUAAGUUUACCCUCCAUAGCUUCAGUUUGUUUGGACAAUGUAGUGAUUUUAAACUGUAGCACAUAGAUCUCCAUGUUUGUGAACAGGCAUUGUUUAAGAGAUGUCAGAAAUGUUCUAAUGAAACCUGGAAGCGGUAGCACAGGUACAGUAGAGUAAUGUAAUUUGUACAAGCUUUUGGUUUUUCCUUGUUUAACAAACUGUUUAUAAAUUUAUUGAAAACAGGAAAGAAAGUUUGUCUGUGAAGACAAUGUAGCAGAAUUUCUGGAAAGCAGCAGCCAAGGCCCACAGGUCCCGUGGUCUACACUUGAAGAUGAACUAUUGCUUGAAGUUCUUGAGCUGAAUGAUCAGAAAGCUCAUAUUCAACUGAAUGUAAGUUGACAUGUAUAUUUCUGUUGGAAUGUCUUUUUUUAUUUUUUAUUUUUUUUAUUUCUUCACCCCUAUCUUUCUCAACUUUAUGGAGAUAUGUGGCCCAUAGCAGCUAUAAUACCAACUCUAGCCAUUCCAAUUGGUGGUAAACCUUUUGGGGUAUUUUUUAUUGGUUAAUUUACUUCAUUGCCUAACUGUCACUUGCAUGAAUACUAAAGUAGCACCAUAAUACACCCUUCUAGUUUGAAUGUAUAUAACAUGUACAACAAUUCUCCAAGUCGUAGCAAGGAUAACAAUACCUAAAUCCUUAAACUCUGGUUUUUAAUUCAAGGUUGCUGCUGUAACAACGAAGUACAAACUAAAUAUCGGCAUAUUGAAUUUGUUUCAAAGCUCAUAACAUGUCUGUCUAUCCUGUAAAAAAAAAAAAAAAAAAAUCAGUUACUCUGUAAGUGGUGGUUGAAUUAUACUGUAACUAAACUGCCAUUGUGGUGUGUCUUUUUUUUUUUUUUUUUUUUAAGAAGUCAGAGGGGGAAGAAGAGGAUCCUUUACCCCAACAAGAAGUGACUGCUAAUCAUGUGGAAGCAAAGGAUAAUACAAUUUCAGAGUUGAGUCAGACAAGUACAACUAAAACAUGUGCUAUAGAAAAGGAUGAUCAGGAAACAUGGCAACACACAAGUAAUGUAAAGGCUUUAAGUACAGCUGAGCAAACAACUGGCAGUAUUGAACAGCCAGAGCCUUUACUGAAUUCUGCAGACUCUAAGCCUGUUGAAACUAUUUCCCCUGAAGUUCAAAGCACCAGAGAUCUUUGUGUAGAAAAGAGAUCCAGUAUUGCUGAAAAGGAUGAGCCUGUGGAGGAGGUUGUGGAUGUUGCUGAUGAAAAGCAAAGUACGGCACAAAAUGAAAGUGAUCCAGUACCAAUUUUAAAGGAAGUUGAUGAAGAAGAUGGGCAUGAAGAAGUAAUUAAGGAUCACUCUACACAAUGUGCAUUCACUUUCCAGAAUCCUUUGUUGUUUGAUUUGGAUUAAGGGGUGUGUGUGUUUUUUUGUUUUUCUUCUAACCUGUGACUCUUCUCAAAUAUUUGAGUGCCUCAACUCUUCAUAGUAAACAUCUGUUUCCUGGCUCUCUGAUAGUUAUAUUUUUAUAUACAUAUUCAUUUUAGGAGAUGGUUAGUUGUGGAAUUUGCGGGUGUGGUGUGGGUUUUUUAUAUAUUUUUAUAUAUAAUUUUUUUUUUUUUCUGUACAAACUAAUUACAAUGUGAUUGUAUGGCAUUAUGUAUCUAUAUACAGUGUGCUGGUAGAAUAGUCUUGUGAACAAGAAUCCCUCUUUUUCCCUACAUUAUGGCAACUUCUCUUAGUAGUUUAUCAGAAUCUGGUAUCAUAAAUGGGAUUGUGCAAGAAAAUUGCAAUUCUACUGUCACACUGUAUGGCUAUCUUUUUAUGCUGUUUGUGACAGACCCUACAAAACUUAAACUGACACUAUGCACUAUAUAACCACUACAUCAUUGACUUGGUUAUAGUGUCUUGAGCCUAAUUUUACAAUUGUUGAUCUCAUUUUGUAUUCACUCCACCCCACAAAAGUGUAUGUAUCUCUUUAAAUAGUUUUUAAUCUUUUUGUUCUUACAUUUUGUGUAUUAAGCAUUUUAAUAAAUAUCUAAUGUAUA